CCUCCACCCCUCCCCCCAAACUCUCUCUCUCUCUCUCUCUCUCUCAGUAGGGUGUUAAGGUAGCAGCAGUCACUAGUAGUAGAAAGAGAGGGUGUACAUAUAUAUAUAUAUAGAGAGAGAGAGAGAAGAAGAAGAAGAAGAAGAAGAAGAUGUUGUUGGGGAAGAGACCUCGUCCUCCGAUCAAGAGGACUACCAGCAUGACUGAAUUCACCUUGGAUCUAUCCAUUGGCGACGCCCCUCCUCAGCCUCCCGCCGCCGGCUUCGAUCAACGGUUCUUGGGUUCCGCCACCGCCGUCUCACCACGAAACCACCGCCGGAAUUUGGCUGAUUUCGUGGAGACCCCUCACUUUUUGAGGUCUUGCUUCCUCUGCAAGCGCCGUUUGGUCCCCGGUCGCGACAUCUUCAUGUACAAAGGAGAUAGUGCUUUUUGCAGUCUAGAGUGUAGACAACAGCAGAUGAAUCAAGACGAGAGAAAAGAGAAGAAGUGCUCCUUGGCUGCAUCCAAGAAAGAAGGCCCACCCUCCUCCGCCACCGCCACCGCCACCGCAUCGCAAGUCGUCUCCGCCAAAGGGGAGAGCGUCGCCGCCGUGUAGAUUUAGAUUCCCCUUGGCCAUAAAUUCAUUUCCGCCCACUUAUAUAUAUAAAUAUAUAUAUGUGUGUGUAUGUAUAGGUGGGAGGUGUGGGGUGGGGAUGAAGUUGUCUUUGGCAUGCUAAAUGAGCAAGUUUUUUUGGAAGUGUAAUAUUUCAUGUAGUAGAUCCAAUCCAACAUAUUAUACAACCUCAAAAAAAAAAGAACUGUAUUUUCUUUUUUGCUUGAGUUUUGAUGUUAAUUAUCAGGGGCAUUAA